AUGUACUACUUUCUUGUGAAUUUAUCCUUUAUAGACUUGUGUUAUUCCUCAGCGGCGAUACCAAAGCUGCUCAUAGACCUCUUAUCCACACAUAGGACCAUAUCAGUCAUUGGAUGCCUCAUACAGUUAAAAGUAUUAUUACUGAUAGGGGGUUCUGAAUGCCAACUUCUUGCGGUUAUGGCCUAUGACCGAUACAUCGCCAUCUGCCAUCCCUUACACUACCACGUUCUCAUGCGGUGGAGCGUGUGCUGCUAUCUAGCCACCUUUGUCUGGAUGUUUAGCUUUAUAAAUAUAAUCAUUCCAUCCCUUGCAAUGCCCAUAAGAGUGUGUUAUCCCAACAAGAUCAACCACUUCAUGUGUGAGGUCCUAUCGGUGCUGAGGUUGUCAUGUGAAGAUACCUCCAUUCAAGAACUUGUAAUAUUUAGUGUUGGUUUCUUUGCUGUUCUACUACCGUUUUUGCUUAUUAUGGUGUCAUACAUCUGUAUUAUCUCUACAAUAUUGAAGAUUCAGGCUGGUAGAAGGUCUAAGGCUUUUUCCACAUGUACAUCACAUAUAACUGUGGUUACCACAUACUUUGGAACAGCCAUGGUCACGUAUCUGACCCCACAAUCAACGGAAUCAUCAAACCAAGACAAAUAUGUUUCUAUUUUCUAUGUUAUUAUAUCUCCAAUGUUAAAUCCUCUUAUCUACAGUCUGAACAAUAGAGAAGUCAAAAAGCUUUUGCUAAACUUAUUUAAUGUUGUAUUUUAUAGAAACCUAAGAACAUGA